AUGGCAGAAAACGAGAAACAGGCAAUAGCCGUCGACUCAUCAAACGACAUUCAGGAAAAGACAGGCUCAAAGUCUCCCGACUUUCAAGCAGAGCCAGACGACCUCGCAGUCUCCCACGAUGGUAUCAAACUGCACCCACAACCAACCUCAGACCCUCUCGAUCCUCUAAAUUGGUCGCCUUACAAGAAGCAUGCCAUUCUUGGCAUAGUGAUGUUCAAGUAUUUCAUGUUCACCUACAUAACCACCACCACCGUCCCAUCAUUUCCCCAACUCCAAGAUGAACUCGGCAUCUCUUACAGCCAAGUAAACUGGACCGUCGCCAUCCCGGCCCUCGGACUCGCCAUUGGGCCCCUCGUCUGGUCCUCCCUAUCCGACAUUUAUGGCCGCCGCAUAAUCUUCAUAAUCGGCACUCUGAUCGCCUUCUUCGCCACUAUCGGCGCCGGCAAGCCCAGUAACUAUGGUGGCUACAUGGCAGCGCGCUUCUUCCAAGGCUUCGGCGUCUCUCCAGGCGCAACAGUCGGCAUGGCUGUCGUAGGCGACCUCUUCUUCGAGUACCAACGGGGCCAGAAACUGGGGCUGUGGGUCCUCGCCAUCGAUUCAGGUCUUCUCGUUGGUCCUAUACUCGGCGGCUUUAUCGACUUGGUCAGUAGCGCGUGGAUUCAGUGGUUCACCGCCAUCCUCUUCGCGGUGCUGCUGGUACUAGAAAUCGCUUUCAUGACAGAGACGUUGUAUCCGCGCAACACGAUGCUCGCCCGCCUCCCCCACUCCUCCGUCACUAGCGACCCCGAGAAAUCUACCUCCACGACGGCUGGCGGCGUCACAGACCUCCCGCGCACUAGCGCCCUGCCCUUCCUCAACAUCAAACCCGUCCCUGGAAUGAGGCAUCCCAAACCCUGGGACUCGCUCCUGCGCUUCGGGCUGACGGCCAAAUAUCCAGUCGUUGUCAUCUCAAUCAUAAUCUACUGCUACGCAUGGUACUGGUGGAUCCUUUCCAUUAUCACCAUGAUACCCGCGGCCUACGUGUCCUACAAGCCGCAAAUUCAAGGUCUCCUUUUCAUUGGCCUGCUGCUCGGCACUCUUUUCAGCGAAUUCUUCUUCUCCGGCCGUCUAUCCGAUAUCAUCGUCUCACGACUUGCGAAGAAGAACAACGGAAUCAGAACACCCGAGAUGCGGCUGUGGUUGGGCUACCCAGCCGCAAUACUGAGCGCGAUCGGGUUGAUUAUCUGGGGCGUUAGUGUGGAUAAAGGAUACCACUGGAUUGUGGGACAGAUCGCGUUUUUCCUCUUCGCAGCAGGGAUACAGAUGGGGAACACGGUCGUCACAAGCUACGUGGUUGACUCGUACCCGCUGCAAAGUAUGAGCGUGAUAACUUUCUAUUCUGUAUUUUUGAAUCUGAGCGCUUUCAUUGAUCCGUUCUACAUAGCCUCCUGGCAAGCCCGCAGCGGCUGGACAUGGUGUUUUGCCGCGCAGGGCAUCAUAACUUUCUUCAUCAGCGUGCCGGCCUUCGCUGUGUUACACAAAUUCGGCCCGAUGUUAAGGCAUAAGAGCGGGGCGAUGCCUUGGUUGAAUCCGGAGUAUGAUACCCUUUGA